AUGGAAGACGACAUUCUGCGUCUUGCAAGAAAAUAUAUUGGAGAUUCACACGUUAAGAGGUGUCAAGAGAGAUCAAUUAAAAAGAAAAAGAAGCUAACUGCGGUACUAGAUCAGGGACAACUUCCAGAUGUAGGCUUUUCUGAAGCCGAAAUUGAAGCAUUGUUUCUUCAAAUAUCAUCUUUCGAUUCUAAUAACUGGGAGAAUUCUGUAGGUGUUGGAGAAAGAGAAGGACGAGUACUUGUGAACUUUAUUCGUCGUCGUCAUUAUGGGUUUACCCAUGGUAUUGGUCGUUCUGGUGAUAUAGCUGCUAUUCAACCAAAAGCUCCUGGUUCAAGUCUUAUUUGCCGACUAACUAAUCAAUUGUUACUUGAUUGGUUGAGAAAAUCAGGAUCACCAAGUACAUCUGCAUGCUUUCUUGUACCAAUGGCUACUGGAAUGUCAUUAACAUUAUGUUUACUGGCUAUGAAAAGACGUCGUCCACUCCGGGCUAACUUUGUAUUAUGGUCUCGUAUUGAUCAAAAGUCGUGUUUUAAAUGUAUGUUAGCUGCAGGAUUAAUACCUAUCCCUAUUGAAUUAGUCUCAGAUGCUUCAAAUGAUCAACUCUGUUCAAAUCUUGAUGCUUUAGAGGUAGCAUUAAAGAAUCCUGCUAAAUAUUUGUUAGAUCAUUGGCCAAAUGCAGCAAAAGCUUAUAAUAUAGAUGAUAAGUUUAUAGAAAAUUCUACAUCUGAUGAUAUUGUAUGCAUUUUUACAACUACAAAUUGUUUUGCACCUAGAGUUCCAGAUAAAUUACAUGCAAUUACUAAAUUAUGCAUUAAAUAUGGUGUAUCACAUUUAAUCAAUAAUGCUUAUGGUGUACAAUCACCUAGAUGUAUGCGUACAAUUGAAUCAGCUGGAAAAUUGAUUAUUGAACAUAAUUUAAAUCAAUCAAAUUCAAACAAUCAACCCAUUGACUUAUUGUAUGUCCAAAGUACGGAUAAAAAUUUAAUGGUACCAGUUGGUGGAGCUGUAAUUGCUGGAUUUUGUAACGAUUUAGUUGAUUUUGUCGCUAAACUUUAUCCAGGUCGAGCUUCAGGAUCACCAACUUUGGAUACUUUUGCUACAUUACUUUAUCUUGGUAAUAAAGGUUGGAAUGAUUUAAUUCAACGUCAAUCGAUAUGUUUUAAACGAUUACAUGAUGGAUUAAAACAAUUAAGUGAAAAAUUUAAUUUAAGAUUAUUAGAUACUACUUCUAAUCCUAUUUCAUUAGCAUUAAGUUUAGAAAAUCUUCUUCCUAAAACAAUGACUAUUCAAAACAUUGAAAGAAAUAAAAUUGUAAAGGAUGAUCAGAGGAGAGAGAUUUUUCAUCAUUUAACACAGAUCGGUGCUAAUCUCUUUACUCAAGGAUGUUCGGGUGUAAGGGUUAUUCUACCGGCUACUAUGACAAAUUCUACAAAAUUAGAUAUAUAUGAAUUUGAUGGUUUUAAUUCACAUAGUUCUAUAUCUAAUAUACCUUAUAUUAAUGCAGCUUCAUCUAUUGGUCAAAAACAAUAUGAAAUUGAUAUAUUUUUAAAAAAACUUGAUAAAGUAAUACAACAUUUUCAAUGUUACAUUAUUAAUAAAUUUAAUAUUAAUGUCAUAAAUACUGUUACUAUGACAACAGUCAAUGGUGUUACUUCUGCUACGGAUGAUGAUGAUGAUGACGACGACGUCGAUGAUGAUGAUGAUAAUGUUUUGUCCAAAGAAUCUUUGAAGCUAAAUUCUCAUUCUACUCUCAUGUGA